CUGAAUGUCGGUGUGUACCAGUUUAUGGGUCGAAGGUUGCCAUGUUGGGGUUCCUUGGGCAGAAGGGGUUACCGCGCAGAAGCGUCUGAACCGCAGUCGGUGCUCAGCCCCGGCUGUGUGUCGGCGGAGCUGACCACACUCAGAGGUUUCGUGCGUCGCAGCGAGUCCUUGGGGGGGCAGCUUGGCCAAUGGGUUCCAGAAGGGGUCCUGUGGAGGGUCGCUUCGGUCUGCAUGUGCUCAAGCAGUCUUGUUUCUCCUUCGACUCCUCCCCGAUUCCCUCCCCCCGAAACCCCGAUUCCCAGCCUUGCGCGCGCCCGGAGCCCACCCCCUCUUUUGGGCGCGAGGCCCCGCCUCCCACCCCCUUUCCUCAGCCACAAAGUUUAUUUGCAACAAAAGGGAGCGCGGAGCGAGCAGCCAAGAGGGAGGGAGCGGGAGCCGGAGCGGGAGCGCGAGGGAAGGCAGGCAGGCCGGCUGGCGGGCGCGGAGCCGAGGAACAGAGCCCUGGGAUCCUGCCCGGACCGGGCCGGGCCGCGAUGCUCCGAAUCGCCCCGGCCGAAGAGGGGGCCGGCCCCGGGGGUCGGCGCUGAGGCGGGAGGGACCGCGCUGGAUGGAGCCGAUGCCGCCCGCGGCCUCAGAAACUUGAGCCGCGGCAGAUAAAACCUCUGCUUGAGUCUCUGCGCCCUCUCCCCGCAAAUCCCCUCACACUGCUGCUGCAGAACCCAGGCCUUCGGACCCCGGCUGCUGCGCUCCUUCGGGGCGAGGGCGCAAGGGGGGGGGUUGGCCGCGGCUCCCCGAGGCCAGCCCCCCCAGAGUGAGUGUUGCCACCAUGGCGGACGGGGCGCCCCGGUCCCCGCUCUAUCGCAGCGUCUCGUUCAAGCUGCUGGAACGCUGGAGCGGCGGGCCCGGGCCGAAGGAAGAGGCCACGGACACCCCCGGGUUGCGGCGCCGCGCCUCGUGCCGGCCUGCCGCGUCGGUCCCGGGCCAGCCCUCCCGGCGCGUGUCCAAACUGGCGUCGGGGCCUCCGGCCUCCCCCGCGCAGCCGCGCCCGCUCCGCAGCCUCUCGCCGUCGGUGCGCCAGCUCUCCCGGCGCUUCGACGCGCAGCGCCUGGACGACGACCACGCAGGGGCCCGAGACGGGGGCGUCUCCCCCGGGGCCGCGGAAGAAGCGGCGGAGGGCGCGGCGCGCGGCGCCUGGCCCAGCGUCACCGAGAUGCGCAAGCUCUUCGGUGGCCCUGGCUCCAGGCGGCCCAGUGCCGACUCUGAGGCCUCGGGGACGCCCAGCCCCGACGGUGCCGUGUGGGAGCCCCCGGCCCGCGAGCCCCGGCAACCGCCGACGCCACCUCCUCGGACGUGCUUCCCCCUGGCGGGCCUGCGUUCCGCGCGGCCGCUACCCGGCCCAGGGACCGAGGGGAGGAGGCGGCGGCAGCAGCAGCAGCAACAGGAGCGGGCGCCGCGUCCGGCGGAUGGUUUACAUUCUUGGCAUAGCUUCUCCCAACCGCAGGCCGGGGCCCGGGCCUCCUGCUCCUGCUCCUCCUCCAUCGCCUCCUCCUAUCCUGUCAGCCGCGGCCCGGCUGCCAGCUCCAGCGAGGAGGAAGAGGAGGUCCCGCCGCCGCCGCCGCCCGGGGCGCAGAGUCCGGCCUACCACGGAGGCCACUCCUCGGGCAGUGACGAGGACCAGGACGGUGAGGGCGGCCACCGCUGGGGAGGGAGGCCGGGACCCAGGCCUGGAAGCUCCCUCUUGGAUAAGGACUGUAGGCCAGACAGUUAUGGGUUAAAUCUGGGCAGCAUGGAUUCAGCUGAAGGAGCCAGGAGUCCUGAGCCCCCCAAAUCUCCAAGAGCCUCUAGUGAGGAAGGACCCCGGGAGUGGGGUACUGGCUCGCCUCACUGUGGACCAGGUCCUCAGGAGGGACUCCGGCCCAUGUCUGACACUGUGGGGGGAGCUUUCCGCGUGGCCAAGGUGAGCUUUCCUGCAUACCUAGCCAGCCCAGCAGGCUCCCGCGGUAGCAGCCGCUAUUCCAGCACGGAGACCCUCAAGGAUGAGGACCCAUGGGCUAGUCGGGGUUCUGGGGGCUGGGGCAUGUACCGCUCCCCUAGCUUUGGAGCUGGAGAGGGGCUCCUCGUAAGGCCCCAGCCUCGAACCCGCACCAAGGGACCUGUGGGCACCACGAGGGCAUUGAGAGAUGGAGGACUGGAGUUGGACAAAAGCCGGCAGCGGAAGUCCUUGUCGAAUCCAGAUAUUGCCUCAGAGACCCUGACGCUGCUCAGUUUCCUUCGCUCAGACCUUUCAGAGCUCAGGGUCCGAAAGCCCAGUGGGCGCCCCAGUGACCUCGGGAGCGGCCCCAACUUAGAUGGCAGAGACUCACCAGCAGCAGGUGGCCCCAGGGCACAACUUGGACCCACGCCUGCCCCAGCGUCACCUGGCACCCGUCCCACACUCAAAGACUUGACGGCCACCCUUCGGAGGGCAAAGUCUUUUACCUGCUCUGAGAAGCCCGUGGCCCGCCGCCUAUCCCGCACCAGCGCCCUGAAGCCCAGCUCCUCUGAGCUCCUGCUGGCAGGCCCAAGUGCCGAGGAGGACCCACUGCCCCUGGUUGUCCAGGAUCAGUAUGUACAAGAGGCCCGUCAGGUUUUUGAGAAGAUCCAGCGAAUGGGUGCCCAACAGGAUGACGGAAGUGAUGUCCCCCCUGGAAGCCCUGUCUGGGCAGGAGACAUGACCCAAGGGCAGCGGUCCCAGGAGGAGCUCUCUGGCCCCGAGUCUAGCCUGACAGAUGAGGGCAUUGGGGCAGACCCUGAGCCUCUUGUUUCAGCCUUUUGCAGCCUGGGUACCACGGGGGUGUGGCGACCCCUUUCCUCGUCUUCAGCCCAGACCAACCACCAUGGCCCUGGGGCUGAAGAUAAUCUGGGAGGGUGGGCCCUGGUGUCCCCUGAUACCCCUCCCACACCAGGUGCCCUCCGACGGAGACGCAAAGUCCCUCCUUCAGGCCCUGGUGGGACUGAACUGAGCAAUGGAGAGGCAGGUGAGGCCUACCGGUCUCUGAGUGACCCAAUUCCACAGCGCCACCGGGCUGCCACCUCCGAGGAGCCCUCUGGGUUCUCCGUGGAUAGCAACCUUUUGGGCUCGCUGAGCCCCAAGACAGGGCUUCCAGCGGCCCCAGCUGUGGACGAGGGCUUGACCAGUGGCCACAGUGACUGGUCUGUGGGCAGUGAAGAGAGCAAGGGUUACCAGGAGGUUAUUCAGAGUAUUGUUCAGGGGCCUGGUGCUUUGGGGUGUGCGGUGGACGACAGGGUUGCUGGCAAAGCCCCGAAGAAGAAAUCUCUGAGUGACCCCAGCCGCCGUGGGGAGCUGGCUGGGCCUGGAUUUGAGGGCCCGGGAGGGGAGCCCAUCCGAGAAGUCGAGCCCGUGCUGCCUCCAUCUAGCAGUGAGCCCGUUCUUGCAGAGCGGCGGGCAGAACCAGAAGAACCCAGUCCUGCCAGGGGCCGGGCACAGUCUGAGAGGGCCCUACCCAAGACCCCACCUGCCUCCUCCACUGGCCGCCGCGACUUCCACCUUGACCCUAAACUGGCUGAUGUUCUGUCCCCACGGCUCAUCCGACGGGGUUCCAAGAAGCGUCCAGCCCGGAGCAGUCACCAGGAACUGCAGAGAGAGGAAGGCAGUGAGGACCAGACCAGCAACCUGUCACGGGCCCGACCAUCCUCCAAACACGUUCGCCAUGCGAGUGUGCCCGCCACCUUCACACCUAUUGUGGUGCCUGAGCCACCGACUACUGUUGGCCCCCCUGUGGCUGUGCCCGAGCCCGUGGGCUUCCCGGCCAGGGCCCACUCCACGCUGCAGGCACCGUCACUCGAGGAUGUCACCAAGCAGUAUAUGCUGACCCUCCACGCUGGCGAGGUUCCUGCCCCGGCACCAGUGGAUAUGCCCUGCUUGACUCCUGUUGCACCGCCUUCGGCUGAGGCCAAGCCCCCUGAGGCAGCCCGGGCUCCAGAUGAGCCUGCCCCAGCCGGCCAGUGCUGCAGCAAGCCACAGGUGGACAUGCGGAAGCACGUGACCAUGACCCUGCUGGACACGGAGCAGUCCUAUGUGGAGUCGCUGCGCACCCUGAUGCAGAUGAUGAACCUGAGACACAGAGACGUAAAGCAACUGUUCAAGGUCACAGAGCGGGGAAUUGCCACACCCUGGGGCUACAUGCAGCCGCUGAAGCAGCCCGAGAACUCCUUGCUGUGUGACCCGUCACUGGUGGAUGAGAUCUUUGACCAGAUCCCCGAGCUCCUGGAGCACCACGAACAGUUCCUCGAGCAGGUGCGGCACUGUGUGCAGACCUGGCACGCCCAGCAGAAGGUGGGAGACCUGCUUGUCCAGUCGUUCUCCAAGGACGUCCUGGUCAACAUCUAUUCUGCCUACAUUGAUAACUUUCUCAAUGCAAAGGAUGCCGUGCGCGUGGCUAAGGAGGCGAGGCCUGCCUUUCUCAAGUUCUUGGAGCAAAGCAUGCGUGAGAACAAGGAGAAGCAGGCACUGUCUGACCUCAUGAUCAAGCCUGUGCAGCGGAUCCCACGCUAUGAGCUUCUGGUGAAGGACCUCCUGAAGCACACACCUGAGGACCACCCAGACCACCCACUUCUGUUGGAUGCUCAGCGGAACAUCAAACAGGUGGCUGAACGCAUCAACAAGGGUGUGCGGAGUGCCGAGGAGGCAGAGCGACAUGCCCGUGUGCUGCAGGAGAUUGAGGCUCACAUCGAGGGCAUGGAGGAUCUCCAAGCCCCUCUGCGGCGGUUCCUCAGGCAGGAGAUGGUCAUCGAAGUGAAGGCCGUCGGUGGCAAGAAGGACCGGUCCCUCUUCCUCUUCACGGACCUCAUCAUCUGCACGACCCUAAAGCGGAAAUCAGGCUCCCUGCGGCGCAGCUCCAUGAGCCUGUACACGGCAGCCAGCGUCAUUGACACGGCCAGCAAGUACAAGCUGCUGUGGAAGCUGCCGCUAGAAGAUGCGGACAUCAUCAAAGGGGCGUCCCAAGCCACCAAUCGGGAGAACGUCCAGAAGGCUAUCAGCCGCCUAGAUGAGGACCUGACCACCCUGGGCCAGAUGAGCAAGCUGUCUGAGAGCCUUGGUUUCCCCCACCAGAGCCUGGACGAAGCACUGCGGGACCUCUCAGCCGCCAUGCACCGGGACCUGUCGGAGAAGCAGGCGCUGUGCUAUGCACUCUCCUUCCCCCCUACCAAGCUGGAGCUGUGCACCACGAGGCCUGAGGGCACGGACUCCUUCAUCUUCGAGUUCCCUCACCCUGAUGCCCGCCUCGGCUUUGAGCAGGCCUUUGAUGACGCCAAGAGGAAGCUGGCAUCCAGCAAAAGCUGUCUAGACCCUGAGUUCCUGAAGGCCAUCCCCAUCAUGAAAACCCGCAGCGGCAUGCAGUUCUCGUGCGCGGCGCCGACCCAGAGUAGCUGCCCCGAGCCCAUGCCCGAAGUGUGGGUGUGCAACAGCGACGGCUACGUGGGCCAGGUGUGCCUGCUGAGCCUGCGCGCCGAGCCCGACGUGGAGGCCUGCAUUGCCGUCUGCUCCGCCCGCAUCCUCUGCAUAGGUGCCGUGCCCGGCCUGCAGCGCCACGGCCACAGGGAGCGUCCGGCCUCGCUGAGGAGUGCCCCAGAGACGGCACUGGAGACCCCCGGUCCAGAACUGGACGUCGAGGCCGCGGACGAAGAAGCAGCGACGCUGGCAGAGCCAGGGCCCCAGCCCUGCCUGCACAUCUCCAUUGCAGGCUCGGGGCUGGAGAUGACACCGGGCCCCACCGAAGGGGACCCCCGCCCGGAAUUGGUGCCCUUUGACAGCGACUCCGAUGAUGAGUCUUCACCCAGCCCCUCGGGAACGCUGCAGAGCCAAGCCAGCCGGUCCACCAUCUCCUCUAGCUUUGGCAAUGAGGAGACCCCGAGCUCCAAGGAGGCUACGGCAGAGACGACCAGUUCAGAGGAGGAGCAGGAUCCUGGCUUCCUGCCACUGUCUGGCUCCUUCGGGCCUAGCGGUCCCUGCAGCACCAGCCCAAUGGAUGGGAGAGCCCUUCGCCGCUCCAGCCGUGGCUCCUUCACCCGGGGCAGCCUUGAGGACCUGCUGAGCGUUGACCCCGAGGCCUACCAGAGCUCUGUGUGGCUGGGCACUGAGGAUGGCUGCGUCCACGUGUACCAGUCCUCCGACAGCAUCCGCGACCGCAGGAACAGCAUGAAGCUCCAGCACACAGCCUCUGUGACCUGCAUCCUGUAUCUGAAUAACCAGGUGUUUGUGUCUCUGGCCAAUGGAGAACUUGUGGUCUACCAAAGAGAAGCAGGCCAUUUCUGGGACCCCCAGAACUUCAAGUCAGUGACCCUGGGUUCUCAGGGGAGCCCCAUCACCAAGAUGGUGUCUGUGGGUGGGCGGCUGUGGUGUGGCUGCCAGAACCGAGUCCUUGUGCUGAGCUCCGACACACUGCAGCUGGAGCACGCGUUCCACGUGGGCCAGGAUUCCAGCCGCAGCGUGGCCUGUAUGGUGGACUGCAGCCUGGGGGUGUGGGUGACGCUGAAAGGCAGCGCCCACGUGUGUCUCUACCACCCGGGCACCUUUGAGCAACUGGCAGAGGUAGACGUCACACCUCCCGUGCACAGGAUGCUGGCAGGCUCGGACGCCAUCAUCCGGCAGCACAAGGCUGCCUGCCUGAGGAUCACGGCGCUGCUGGUGUGCGAGGAGUUGCUGUGGGUGGGCACCAGUGCCGGCGUCGUGCUCACCAUGCCCACCUCACCCAGUACCGUCAGCUGCCCGAGAGCGCCCCUGAGCCCCGCCGGCUUAGGCCAGGGACACACUGGCCACGUCCGCUUCUUGGCUGCAGUCCAGCUGCCAGACGGCUUCAACCUGCUCUGCCCGACCCCACCGCCUCCCCCAGACACGGGCCCUGAGAAGCUGCCAUCCCUCGAGCACCGGGACUCCCCUCGGCACCGAGGACCUGCCUCAGCCAGGCCUAAAAUGCUCGUUAUCAGUGGAGGUGACGGCUAUGAGGACUUCCGACUCAGCAGUGGGGGUGGUAGCAGCAGUGAGACCGUGGGCCGAGACGACAGCACAAACCACCUCCUCCUAUGGAGGGUGUGACCCUGUCCACUGUGGCCCAGGACUUGCCCUCCCACCGCCCGCAGCCCGCUUGCCUCUUCCUAGCCCACACUUCCUAGCAGACUCUGACCAGGAGCGUCCCGCCAGGGGCACCCCUGUGCCUGCGUGGGCUCCCUCCCAUCCGCACGGAAGUAUUCCUGGUGGAACACCUGCUGGCCAGCGGGCCGGGGCCUCUCCCGACCCUCUGGCUGCUUCGGUACUCCCAGUCAUCAUGGGGGUGGGGCAGGGGGCAUGUGGGCUGCCCAGGACCUCUGUCCCUGGAGCUUCUACCAAAGACACGGCCGGGCCUGGACCCCAUGGGGCUCGGGAGGGCCAUGUGCAAUAUUUGGAGGGUUUUCUGGGGGCAGUGGGAGGGCUGGGGACAGAAUCCUUUCCCAUGUACAGUAUUUAUGUUCCUUUUUAGAUGUGUACCUUCCCAAGCACUUAUUUAUGCAAUGACCUGGGCAGGGGGUGAUUUGAGGAAGUCACAGAAGGGAAAAGACCCUAUUCCUGCUCUGGGGGCCACCCUGGGACCCUAAGCGAGCCUUCCUGGAAGGACCAAUCCCCCCCUCAUUACAUACUUGCGAACAUGUGUGCACAUACACAUGGGUGUGCAGGUAUGCGCGUGCACACGCACACACACACACUGCAUGUUCAGGGCACUAAAACAUUGCCUCUCAACAUACACUUUCCACGGCCUUGUCCUGAUUGGGCUGCCCUCCAGUAUCCAGAGCCAAGGACCAAGCACCCUCAGUCAUCCAGAACAAGGUAAUGACUGCAAGGGGCAAUGAUUCCCAUGCGGGGGCCUCCCCAGGCCUUGGCAUUUCCUAACUUGUUGGCAGUGCCUUUAGUCGUUUCCAAAUUUGGUAACACUGAUAGGGAGUUGGACAGGGCUCUCUCUCCUGGCCUGAGCAGGGAAAAGGAAAGGGCCCUUGUUCUCCUCAGAGCUGCCCCCCAGCCCCUGUGUCUCAUGCACUGGCACGUAUGGUCACCUUGGGAGGGUGGGCCUGGGAGGCCCCCCACUCUGACCAUUGAGACCCUCUCUUCACACCCUUCCUGCCAGGGCAGUCCCUCCAGGAAGAAUGCCCAAAGCUGAGGGGCUGGACAUGGCCUCUUCAACUGGGAACCACUUGCGGGCAGGCUCUUCCCUGCUCCCUGGCCUGCAAGAGCCAGUCUGACCCCCAGGCCCCUUGCUUCUUCAGCUACAGCUCCAAAGGUCUGGUUUCAGAUGGGGUUUGUUUGGUUCUGUUUUUGUUUGGGGUGCGUGGGUCAUUGCGGUCUUAGAUUAUGUUUCUCUUGCUACCAAACAGUCAUGUAUUAACUUUCCUUGGAUGAUGAAUUUUAAAGAGUCAAUAAAUAGAAACACCAAA